CCUUCACUUCCUCGAGUCACUCGGCACAGGCCGUUGCGAGACCACAAUUUGUCAAGCCUUGUACAGCACAGCAGCUUCAAAUCGAGAGCCCACUGUAAAGCAAGAUGUCAGAGAGUAGCGGAAACUCACCGAGCCAGAAGAAGUUGCGCGUAAUGUUGGUAGGGAUUGGGGGCGCAACAUGUUCGGGAAAGACCACGCUUGCGAAGCAUUUGAGGAACAUUCUCCCUCGUGGUGUCAUUUUACACCAGGAUGACUUUGCUCCGCCGCAAGAGCUGAUCCCCAUUCACCCGGAGUACGGCGUUCAGGACUGGGAUGCGCCGGAAGGGGCGAUAGACUGGCCGAGGAUGGUGCAGUCGCUUGGAGAGAUCAAGCUCACUGGCGUAAUACCACCGGAACACUACUCGCACGACCACCUAAACAAGCAAAAAGAUGUGCCCGCUGACGAUGCGAUCAUCAAUCGCUGGCAAGAAGUUUUCAACCGGCUCGAGGAAGAACAUGAGAAGGCAGGCGAGACACUCAUCUGGGUCCUCGUUGACGGCUUCCUGCUGUAUUGGAAUCAGGCGGUCAUAGACUCGCUCGACGUCCGCGUUUUCCUCAGGGUGCCCCACGACGCCCUCAAGCAGCGUAGGCACGAGCGACACGGGUACCACACUGCAGUCCAAUCUGAUCCAGAGGGCGCGCUCUGGCAGGACCCACCACUCUACUGGGAACAGAUCGUCUGGCCCGCGUACGUCCACGCGCACCAGGACAUGCUCGAGCGCGGCGACGUCGAGCACGGGCGGCCGACGGGCAAGGUCGCGGACCUCGUGCUGAUCGAAGGGCUCGAGAAGAGCAUGGGCGACGUGAUCGAGCUUGUCUGCGCGAGGCUUGCGCAGGCGGUGCAGCGUUGAUUGGCUGCCUUCUGCUAGUAUAUUAUUAAAGAUCUCGAUAUUUGGGCUUGCGCUGGGAAUUUGUAGGGAGUGGAGAUCCGGUUGCUGAAUGUAGAAAGGGGAAUUUGUAGAGUAGAGCUCCUGAUCCUUGAAAGACCCGUGGUCCCCGGCGUGCAUGUUGCGUUGCCUCGGCGAGAAGAACGAAUAUGGCAUUCCGUUGGUGCUCUUCGAGCCGCUUGCACACCCACGGGUCGGCCAGAACGUGAAAGAAAUGCGACGUGUCGUGCUG